UGGAAAGAGAGCAGAGCGUAGCUCGUUUUUUUUUUUCUCCUGCUAAAAGUAACUUGUCUUUUGGUCAUGUCGGGACGCGGAAAGCAGGGAGGCAAAGCCCGCGCUAAGGCAAAGUCUCGUUCGUCUCGGGCAGGUCUCCAGUUUCCCGUGGGUCGGGUGCACCGUUUGCUCCGCAAGGGCAACUACUCGGAGCGAGUGGGUGCGGGGGCUCCGGUUUACUUAGCUGCCGUUCUGGAAUACCUGACAGCUGAGAUCCUGGAGCUGGCUGGUAACGCGGCCCGUGACAACAAGAAGACGCGUAUCAUUCCGCGGCAUCUUCAGCUGGCCAUCCGCAACGACGAAGAGCUUAACAAAUUGCUGGGCAAAGUGACCAUCGCUCAGGGCGGCGUUCUGCCCAACAUUCAGGCGGUGCUGUUGCCCAAGAAGACCGAGAGUCAUCACAAGGCCAAGGGCAAGUGAAAGGGAUCACCUGAGCCGCCACCCCAAGCAAAGGCUCU